GAUGCCCGCCUGGGCUCAGGCACGGACAGAGAGGAGCCAGGUGGCAGCAAGCAGGGCGCGCCGCCAGAGUGCCCAGCUCCCGGGGCUGCCCGCAGGGUAGGGCCGCCCUCGCCGCCGCUCCCUCUCCGCGCCUUCCCCAUCCCCAAAGAGGACACCCCUCCUUCCGCCCGGCCCGCUCCCCACCCUCGCCGCGGCACCGCCUCCCCAGCCGCCCGCCCUUGCCCAGCGCCUCCCAGGCAGCCAGCGAGCGAGGGGAGCGCUCUGGGAUGGGACUUGGAGCAGGCGGCGGCGGCGGCGGAGAUAGAGGCAGAGGCUGGGGCUCCGUCCUCGCCUCCCACGAGCGAUUCCCGAGGAGAGCAGCGGCCCUCGGCGAGGCUAAGAGGCCGACGAGAAAGACCCGGGUGACUGCGCUCCUGCCUCGCUUCCCAGGCGCCGGCGGCUGCAGCCUUGCCCCUCUUGCUCGUCUUGAAAAUGGAAAAGAUGCUCGCAGGCUGCUUCCUGCUGUUCCUCGGACAGAUCCUCCUCCUCCCCGCCGAGGCCAGGGAGCGGUCACGUGGGAGGUCCAUCUCUAGAGGCAGACACGCUCGGACCCACCCGCAGACGGCCCUUCUGGAGAGCUCCUGUGAGAACAAGCGGGCAGACCUGGUUUUCAUCAUUGACAGCUCCCGCAGUGUCAACACCCAUGACUAUGCAAAGGUCAAGGAGUUCCUCAUGGACAUCUUGCAAUUCUUGGACAUUGGUCCUGACGUCACCCGAGUGGGCCUGCUCCAAUAUGGCAGCACUGUCAAGAAUGAGUUCUCCCUCAAGACCUUCAAGAGGAAGUCCGAGGUGGAGCGUGCUGUCAAGAGGAUGCGGCAUCUGUCCACGGGCACCAUGACGGGGCUGGCCAUCCAGUAUGCCCUGAACAUCGCAUUCUCAGAAGCAGAGGGGGCCCGGCCCCUGAGGGAGAAUGUGCCACGGGUCAUAAUGAUUGUGACGGAUGGGAGACCUCAGGACUCCGUGGCCGAGGUGGCUGCUAAGGCACGGGACACGGGCAUCCUAAUCUUUGCCAUUGGUGUGGGCCAGGUAGACUUCAACACCUUGAAGGCCAUUGGGAGUGAGCCCCAUGAGGACCAUGUCUUCCUGGUGGCCAAUUUCAGCCAGAUUGAGACGCUGACCUCCGUGUUCCAGAGGAAGUUGUGCACGGCCCACAUGUGCAGCACCCUGGAGCAUAACUGUGCCCACUUCUGUAUCAACAUCCCUGGCUCAUACGUCUGCAGGUGCAAACAAGGCUACAUUCUCAACUCAGAUCAGACGACUUGCAGAAUCCAGGAUCUGUGUGCCAUGGAGGACCACAACUGUGGGCAGCUCUGUGUGAAUGUGCCGGGCUCCUUCGUCUGCCAGUGCUACAGUGGCUACGCCCUGGCUGAGGACGGAAAGAGCUGUGUGGCUGUGGACUACUGUGCUUCAGAAAACCACGGAUGUGAACAUGAAUGUGUAAAUGCUGAUGGCUCCUACCUUUGCCAGUGCCAUGAAGGAUUUGCCCUUAACCCAGAUAAAAAAACGUGCACAAAGAUAGACUACUGUGCCUCAUCUAAUCACGGAUGUCAGCAUGAGUGUGUUAACACAGAUGAUUCCUAUUCCUGCCGCUGCCUGAAAGGCUUUACCCUGAAUCCAGAUAAGAAAACCUGCAGAAGGAUCAACUACUGUGCACUGAACAAACCAGGCUGUGAGCACGAGUGCGUCAACACGGAGGAGAGCUACUACUGCCGCUGCCGCCGUGGCUACACUCUGGACCCCAACGGCAAAACCUGCAGCCGAGUGGACCACUGUGCACAGCAGGACCAUGGCUGUGAGCAGCUGUGUCUGAACACGGAGGAGUCCUUCGUCUGCCAGUGCUCAGAAGGCUUCCUCAUCAACGAGGACCUCAAGACCUGCUCCCGGGUGGAUUAUUGCCUGCUGAGUGACCAUGGUUGUGAAUACUCCUGCGUCAACGUGGACAGAUCCUUUUUCUGUCAGUGUCCUGAGGGACACGUGCUCCGCAGCGAUGGGAAGACGUGUGCAAAACUGGACUCUUGUGCUCUGGGGGACCAUGGUUGUGAACACUCGUGUGUAAGCAGUGAAGAUUCGUAUGUAUGCCAGUGCUUUGAAGGUUAUAUACUCCGUGAAGAUGGGAAAACCUGCAGAAGGAAAGAUGUCUGCCAAGCAGUAGACCAUGGCUGUGAACACAUUUGUGUGAACAGUGACGACUCAUACACAUGCAAGUGCUUGGAGGGAUUCCGGCUCGCCGAGGAUGGGAAACGCUGCCAAAGGAAGGAUGUCUGCAAAUCAACCCACCAUGGCUGCGAACACAUUUGUGUUAAUAAUGGGAUUUCCUACAGCUGCAAAUGCUCAGAGGGAUUUGUUCUAGCUGAGGACGGAAGACGGUGCAAGAAAUGCACUGAAGGCCCAAUUGACCUGGUCUUUGUGAUCGAUGGAUCCAAGAGUCUUGGAGAAGAGAAUUUUGAGGUCGUGAAGCAGUUUGUCACUGGAAUUAUAGAUUCCUUGACGAUUUCCCCCAAAGCCGCUCGAGUGGGGCUGCUCCAGUAUUCCACGCAGGUCCGCACAGAGUUUACCCUGAGAAACUUCAACUCAGCCAAAGACAUGAAAAAAGCCGUGGCCCACAUGAAAUACAUGGGAAAGGGCUCUAUGACUGGGCUGGCCCUGAAACACAUGUUUGAGAGAAGUUUUACCCAAGGAGAAGGGGCCAGGCCCCUUUCCACAAGGGUGCCCAGAGCAGCCAUCGUGUUCACCGACGGACGGGCUCAGGAUGACGUCUCCGAGUGGGCCAGUAAAGCCAAGGCCAAUGGUAUCACUAUGUAUGCUGUUGGGGUAGGAAAAGCCAUUGAGGAGGAACUACAAGAGAUUGCCUCUGAGCCAACAGACAAGCAUCUCUUCUAUGCUGAAGACUUCAGCACAAUGGAUGAGAUAAGUGAAAAACUCAAGAAAGGCAUCUGUGAAGCUCUAGAAGACUCCGAUGGAAGACAGGACUCUCCAGCAGGGGAACUGCCAAAAAGGGUCCAACAGCCAACAGUGCAACACAGAUACCUGUUUGAAGAAGACAAUCUUUUACGGUCUACACAAAAGCUUUCUCAUUCAACAAAACCUUCAGGAAGCCCGUUGGAAGAAAAACACCAUCAAUGCAAAUGCGAAAACCUUAUAAUGUUCCAGAACCUUGCAAACGAAGAAGUAAGAAAAUUAACACAGCGCUUAGAAGAAAUGACACAGAGAAUGGAAGCCCUGGAAAAUCGCCUGAGAUACAGAUGAAGAUUAGAAAUCGCGACACGUUUGUAGUCAUUGUAUCAAGGAUUACAAUGAAAGCAGUGCAGAGCCCCAAAGCGCAGGCUAUUGUUAAAUCAAUAAUGUUGUGAAGUAAAACAAUCAGUACUGAGAAAGCUGGUUUGCCAUAGAACAAAGACAAGAAGUAGACAUUAACUUGCAUAAAUUUAUCUAGGAAAAAAAUCCUUCAGAAUUCUAAGAUGAAUUUACCAGGUGAGAAUGAUAAGCUAUGCAAGGCAUUUUGUAAUAUACUGUGGACACAACUUGCUUCUGCCUCGUCCUGCCUUAGUGUUGCAAUCUCAUUUGACUAUACGAUAAAGUUUGCACAGUCUUACUUCUGUAGAACACUGGCCAUAGGAAAUGCUGUUUUUUUGUAUUGGACUUUACCUUGAUAUAUGUAUAUGGAUGUAUGCAUAAAAUCAUACGACAUGUACUUGUGAACAAGUUGGAUUUUUUAUACAAUAUUAAAGUUUACCACUUCAGAGAAUGGUA